AUGGUGAAGGAAAGAAAACAUUUUCAUUUUGAUAACAUAGAAGAUUAUCUUAGGAAUAAAAAGCACAUUUCUACUAUAUCUACACAUGAUUAUGGGAUUAAAUCGAAUUUUCAAAGAGCAGCAAAACGGUUUGAAGUGAAAGACGGACAUUUAUUUUAUAAUAAGAGAAUGGUUAUUAAAGACAAAGAACUCCAAAUUGAAGUUAUUAGAGACUUUUACCGAGGUAUUGGUAAUUCUGAACACUCUAUAGCAAUGGCCUCACCUAGAGGAAAAAAUACUACGUAUGACAAUAUUGUGCAAAGAUUUUUUUGGUAUAAUAUUGCUGCUGAAGUUAGUAAGUAUAUUAGGAGCUGCGAACAAUGUCAAAAACGAGGUGACCUAAAGUCUCCAAAAGUAGAAUUGAAGUCUAUACCAGUGCCAUCAAGUGUAAUGGAACAAUCCGAGGCUAAACCUAUCAAGGAAAAAUCAGCUCAAACUGUCUCUCGAUUUUUGUACGAGAUUAUGAGUCGGCAUGGGUGCUUUAAAAUUCAAAUCAAUGACCAGGGUCGGGAGUUUGUAAACGAAGUUUUGGAAGGUAAUCCUAAAAUGUGGCCGCAAAUUAUUGAGGGUAUCCUUUUUGCUCAUCGCGUUAGUCGACAUUCUUCUACUAACUACUCUCCAUUCAUGCUGAUGUAUAAUCGCGAACCAAUUUUGCCAAUUGAUGUAAAGCAUAGCCUUGUCAAAGACAAAAGCAAUAAACAAGAACACCGAGAAGAAAAUAUAGACGUAGAACAACCAUUCAAUUUCAACUUUUUUGAUGCGUUAGAAAAUAAGGUAGAUGACAUUGUAUUAUUGAAAAACAACAAACGAUUUGAUCGGAAGGGUGGGAAGUUUUCACAAAAAUGGCUUGGUCCUGUCACUGUAGUGAAUAUCUCUGAAAAAGGAGUUGCAACUUUAAAAAACGUAUUGGGGUUAACUCUUGAAAAAAUAUACAACAUUGUUCAACUUAAAACUUACAUUCAAGAAGCAGACGACAAAUUAAAACCAAUAUUAGUUGAAGGACCUGCAUAUUUUUGGAAUCAUGCACCAGACGAAAUUGUUGAGAUGAUUUUGAGUUUAUCUUAUAAGAUAGAAGUAGACAUAGAUGCAGAAGCAGAAGUAGAUAACAGAAUAUAUUCUGUUUAG